UUGCUUGAGAUUACCUUAAACACAAAUGUUCUCUUUUACUUCAUAACAAAGUCAAAAGCUCAAAGAUACUCGAUGGGCGUAUCAAGAUCCAUAAGCUCUUUCAUGUUCUUGAUCUUUCUAAUUCUAUCAUCGAACGUUUUUAAAUGGUCUGUUCUUGUUGAGGCCACAACAGCAGCAAGAUUCACAUUCAGAGGUUUCAAAGGAAACCAAACAGAGAUUCAAACAGAAGGAGCUUCCACAAUCCAACGCGACAAUGAUCUUCUUAGACUAACUGAUCGGAACCACAACGUCACUGGAACAGCCUUUUACCGCAAACCUAUUAGAUUGCGUGACUACACCAAUUCAUCCAACUUCAAAGUAUGUUCCUUUAGCUCUUCUUUCGUCUUUGUCAUAAUCCCUUCAAGUCCCGGAAACGGUGGUUUUGGAUUCACGUUCACACUUUCUCCGACCCCGAAUCGUCCCGGAGCAGAAUCAGCACAGUAUCUAGGGCUUUUGAACAGAUACAACGACGGGAAUCAAUCGAAUCACGUGUUCGCUUUGGAAUUCGACACGGUCCAAGGAUUUAAAGACGGUGCCGACCGAAGAGGAAACCACAUCGGUCUCAAUUUCAACAGUCUCUCCUCCGAUGUACAAGAGCCGCUCAUUUAUUACGAGACCGCUGAUCGAAAAGAGGAUUUCCAGCUCGAUAGCGGCGAACCAAUCAGAGUUAAUCUCGAUUACGACGGAUCCAGCAAAACCUUUAACGUUACAAUCUAUCCGACGCGAUUAGGGUUUAAACCUAAAAAGCCUAUGAUCUCGGGACGAGUUUUGGAGCUGUCGGGGAUCGUGGAGGAGGAAAUGUAUGUCGGGUUCACUGCCGCGACUGGGAAAGACCAGUCUAGUGCUCACUUUGUAAUGGGUUGGAGUUUUGCUAGCUGUGGAGAAAAGCCAGUGGCGGAUUGGCUCGAUCUCUCGCAGCUUCCUUCUCCACCACCAAAUACAAGCUUGCGUAACAAGAAAGGUUACGCCUCUAGAGUUAUUGCUUUGAUUGUAGCUUUAUCGAUCGUUACAGUGGUCUUGCUUGUGUUACUGUUCGUAUUCGUCAUGUACAAAAGGAAAAUCCAAGAGGAAGAGAUUUUAGAGGAUUGGGAGAUUGAUUAUCCUCAUAGAUUCAAAUACAGAGAUCUCUACUUAGCAACGAAGCGAUUCAAAGAGAGUGAGAUCAUCGGUACUGGAGGGUUUGGAAUCGUUUACAAAGGAAAUCUAUCUUCUUCGGGUCCAAUCGCAGUGAAGAAGAUAACUUCAAAUAGCUCACAAGGUGUUCGUGAAUUUGUCGCAGAGAUCGAGAGUUUAGGGAGAUUAGGGCAUAAGAACCUCGUGAAUCUUCAAGGAUGGUGCAAACACAAAAACGAGCUUUUGUUAAUUUACGAUUAUAUCCCCAACGGAAGCCUCGACUCGCUGUUGUACAGAAGAAACGGGGUCGUGUUGCCGUGGGACGUGCGUUUCGAGAUCAUAAAGGGAAUCGCGUCGGGUCUAUUGUAUCUUCAUGAAGAAUGGGAACAAAUCGUGAUUCACAGAGACGUGAAAGCUAGCAAUGUUCUUAUUGACGAAGAUAUGAACGCUAAAUUAGGCGAUUUUGGACUCGCGAGGCUUUAUGAACGCGGGACGCUAUCGCAAACCACGAAAGUCGUUGGUACUUUAGGUUACAUGGCACCUGAGCUCACGCGUAACGGCAGAGGCUCCACCGCGUCUGAUGUUUUUGCGUUUGGCGUUUUAGUGUUAGAAAUCGUUUGUGGGCAUAGACCAACGAAUACAGAGAACUUCUUCUUAGCUGAUUGGGUUAUGGAGUUCCACACAAACGGUGGAAUCCUUAGCGCCGUGGAUCAGAAACUCGGAUCUAGCUUCAAUGGAAGAGAAGCUAGAUUAGUUCUUGCUGUGGGACUACUAUGUUGCCAUCAUAAACCAAAAACUCGGCCAUCGAUGAGAAUGGUGCUUAGAUAUUUGAACGGCGAAGAGGAUGUUCCACUGAUUGACGAAGAUUGGGGAUUGUCAGAUUCUUCGAGGGAUGAACUUAGAAUGAAUGUUGUUGGUUAUGUUUCAUCCGAUAGAGCCUCGACGUCGAAUACUUUUUCGUCUUUCUCGGGGGUUUCUUCAAGCUCUGUCGUUAGUGGUAGAUAGUUUCGUUCAUAGCACUUCUAGGAUAACUUAGAACAGUGUUAACUUGUUAAUUGUUAUGGUCUAAUUCAUGAA